AUGGCCAAGGGACGAAAACUAACCAUUAGCCGCAGCGAACGCUAUUUAGGAAGCCUGAGCUACGACCAGGGCCAGGGGCCGGCGGCCGCCUCGCCGGAGUUCGGGGAAGACGAGGUCUGGUCGGUGGUCGAUGACGACCCGGCUGCUGGCGAGGAGUGGACCCCACGCGCCUCCAACCAUAGUAAUGGGAGCCUCAGUGGGUAUGGCGCCUGGCGCCCACCUCCGCUUCCCGACCGUCGCCGGUCGCCCGGCGGCCUAUCGUUGGCCUUCGAAGACGGCGCCGGCGGCGCCUCUUCACCGCGGAUCGUGCACCAGAUCCGGCAGGAAAGCCCGCGCGGGCGCCACCUGGCCGCGUCCGCUCCGGUGGACGUGCCCGACUGGUCGAAGAUCUACCGGGUCGACUCGGUCGAGUCGCUGCCCGACUGGGACGACGGUGUGGACGAGUCGGAGUUGGUGCCGCCGCACGAGUACCUGGCGCGGAGCCGGAAAAUGGCAGCGAACUCCGUGUUCGAGGGCGUGGGCCGGACGCUCAAGGGCAGGGACCUGAGCCGGGUUCGAGACGCCGUCUGGAGUCAGACCGGGUUCGAUGGGUGA